UAUAUAUAUGCAUCACAAUAUUGAAAGCUAAGAAAUCACAUACAAAGACAUAGAGAAGUUGAUCAAUAUUAAUCCAUCAAUGGCCCCCUCAUUUAGGCUCUCAAAACUCUCCAAGAGGUUCUCAAACAAGAGUAGAAGCACAUCGAAAACUCGAGAAUACGAAGAAGCAUUUCGCCUUUUCGAUGCCAAUGGAGAUGGGAAGAUCUCUAGUGAGGAGUUGAAGCUUUUCCUUACAUGCAAUGGGGAAGAUGUGUCAUUGGCAGGAGCUCAAGCAGCCAUGAAGGACUUUGAUUUCGACGGCGAUGGGUUCUUGGAUUAUGAAGAGUUCUUGAACAUGGUCAAGAUGGGUAAUGGAGGUGGUGAUGAUGAUGAUGAUGGAGAUGAAGACUUGAAGAAGGCUUUUGAGAUGAUGGAGGUGGAGAAGGGAUCAGGGUGUAUUACUGCAUGUGGAUUGAAGAGGAUGAUGAGGAGGAUCGUCGGAGAGGAGAAGAGCGAUGAGGAGUGUGCGGCGAUGAUUCGAGCUUUCGAUCUUGAUGGAAAUGGUGUUCUUGAUUACCAUGAGUUUUUGAGGAUGAUGAGAUGAAGAGCAGGGUUUAGGGUUUUGCACCCUUUUAGGAUGUAUGUAUGAAGUGCUCUAUAAAUAUAUAUAUAUAUAUAUAUAUAU